AGGCAGCUUCAUCCAUGAGUUCAAUCAGUUUUCAGCCUAUCGAAGAUGCGCUCGGUUGUAUUGUUUCUUAUUUUGGCUAGUUGUCUGACCUUGUCCGCUUCAAAUCCACUAGAGCCAGUGCCCUGUCAACACCACGAGAUGUUCCUCCAGUGUGGAACCGUCUGUCCGGACACGUGCGAGACGAUCAGAUCAACGGAACCACGAAUUUGUCCAGCAAUUUGCAUCAGCGGAUGCUUCUGCCAAGAGGAUUACGUCCGAAACGCCGAAAACCAGUGUAUUUUGCGUGCCGAGUGUGCCUUGGGUUGAGUGACCAACGAUUUGAUUUGAGUUCCUAGGACAAGUUGACGCAAACAUGUGUUUGUGGUUUUUAUGUACAUCUUAUCACGCGCCGGCCUCUUCCCACAAUUUGAAAGUCAAUAAAAGCAACAAGUGUUUACCGAUAAAGCAA